AUGGCCCCAAAUAGGAAGACAAGAGGAAGAAAGAAGAAGGUUGUGGACAAUGACGAGCCAGAGUUUGUUUGUACUUUGGAACCUAAAAAUUUAGAACCAGAUGAACCUACAAAGAAGAAGGUUGUGGACAAUGACGAGCCAGAUCAGCAAUCACAACAUAUGGAAAGACCAGAUCAUGAAGUGAAUGAGGAACAAAAUGACGAACAACAUGCUGCGGGAUUGAAUGAGGAACAAAAUGACGAACAACAUGCUGCGGGAUUGAAUGAGGAACAAAAUGACGAACAACAUGCUGCGGGAUUGAAUGAGGAGCAAAAUGACGAACAACAUGCUGCAGGAUUGAAUGAGGAAGAACUUGAAGGUGAGGUUGAAUUAUCUGGAGAUCAUGAUUGUAGGCCUAAGAAAAAACAGAGAGGACCAACAAGGAUGAAAAACAUAGCUAAGGAUUCCAAUACUCGGGAACAUGUUCAAUUCACUGAAAUGGGAGAGCCUUAUGGUCGGGGGUCGGUUAAGCUGUCAUCAUACUUAGGUACAUUGGUAAGAGAGCAUGUACCUAUCAUUAUUGAAGACUGGAGGAAAGUAAGUGAAGAACUGAGAACAGUUUUAUGGAAAUCAAUUCAGGCAAGGUUCGAUGUCGAUGAUGACUAUCAAAAGGUUGCAUUGCUAAAGCAAAUGGGAUGUUUAUGGAGAGCAUAUAAAGCACGAAUUGUUCAAAAGAUAAAUACAGCUAAGACAAACCAACAAAGGAUAAAUCUGCGUCCAAAAAAUAUUUCUCCAACAGAAUGGCAGAAAUUUGUCAAAUUCAAAACAAGUCAAGUCGUGAGUGAUCAAUAUAAGAAACGAAGGAGCAUGCAGAUUCCUCAUACUUGUAGCCGUAAAGGGAUGGUUAGACUCGCUGAAGAAAUGAAAGAGGAAAGCUCAGAUCCAUCUGAAGUCACAAGACUAAAGGUGUGGGUGAAGUCGCAUACCAAGAAAGAUGGUAUGCCCGUGAAUACAAAUGCAGCGGCAAAGUUUAGAAAAACAGCUGAACUAGUUGAUACCCAGCCUGAAUCAAAUUCAACAAAUCCUAAAGAUGAUCUCCUUUCACAACUACUAGGCACUGAUAAUCCUGGGAGGCUAAGGGCAAUGGGGAGAGGCAUGAGUAUGUCCAAGUUAGCGUGUUUCCAAGUUAAGAACAAGAAUAUGGCUGAAAUGCAAGCGAAACAAGUUCUAUUGCUACAAACAGUAAAAGAACUACGAGAGGAGAUUGCCGAAAUUAAAAACAAAAAACACGAGCCUGGAGUCGGUGAGAACUCAGCUGCAAGAACUGUUAACAGAGGAAAAUCCCAACCAAAGUGUGUGUUGGUUGAUUGGGCUGGUACAGAUGACAAUGUUGUUGAGGGUCUUGUUCUUUCAACAGAUCCAGCUGACUUUGUUAAUGACAUUCCCUUAGGCCCUAAUCAUAUUAAAGUUUUGGUUGAAACGGCUAUCAAACCAGAUGCGUAUCUAUGGAAACCUGCAAUUAAUGUGUUCAACAUUGAGCAAGCUGUUGGGUUAGUCAUUCUAAUUUGA